AUGCCAGCCCUUCUCUUGCUACGCAUCAGUCAGCAUGACAUCUCCCCAUAUUAAAAGCACAACUCUUUGAUUCUUCUUCUUCCUACAUUAUUUCUUUCUAGUACUCUUUCUCUCUCCUCCUACUCCUCCAACAUUACACAAACAAACAUAAGCUUUUUAGGAUUUGGAAUAUACAAAGAUCAACCAAACAAAGUAGAAGAAUUAUAAGAUCAAGACAAGUAGGAGAGAGACGGGUGCAAAAACGCAAGAAAAUCUACCUCAAGCUAGCAUGGAAGCAAGCUUAAGUGACUUGUACUCAAAUGUUAAUACAUAUCAUUUAGAAGAUAGAGAAAUCUCGUCGGAUAACAGCGGCGAUAAUUCGCCGUCUACUACCACCUUCAACGCCGCCUCCAUAUCAUCUCCUAAGAGAAGUAGACGAGCUAUACAAAAGAAAGUUGUGACAUUUCCCAUCAAAGAAAUUGAAGGAUCUCGAUUCAAGGGUGAUUGUACUCCACCAUCUGAUUCAUGGGCAUGGAGAAAGUAUGGCCAAAAACCCAUCAAAGGUUCUCCAUAUCCUAGGGGUUAUUAUAGAUGUAGUAGUUCAAAAGGAUGUCCAGCAAGGAAGCAAGUAGAAAGAAGUCGUUCAGAUCCAAACACAUUAGUAGUAACCUACUCUUAUGAGCACAACCAUCCUUGGCCUAUAACAAGAAACCACCACCACCAAAACCGCCACAACAACGCGGCUUCCGCCACCUCAAUCGAAAACAUCACCGCCAUCACCACCACCACCGCCACCGCCACUACAUCACUAGUUAUUCCCUCAACUACCAUUACUACCAAUAAUACUAGUACUACUACUAAUGAAAAAUCCCACCACAAAACAGAAAGUCAUGAUAUAAUGCAUGAUGAUCAUAAUAAUAAUAAUAACAACAUAUUGUUCCAACAAAAUAUAGAGGAGGCAUUGAUCAAUCCAACAGACGAGCUAACAUGGUUCUCCUCCGACGAUCAAAUCCUAGAAAACAACUCAUUUUUCAGCAACUUGAGUGAUCUAGACAUGGCAAAGAUUUUUCCAAUGAGGGAGGAGGAUGAGUCCCUUUUUGCCGAUCUCGGCGAGCUACCGGAGUGUUCGGUGGUGUUCCGGAAGGCGGCUGGGGUUGUGGGCGGUGAGGAGUGCAGCUUGGCACCUACAACUUGGUGUGGAACCACGGGUUGAGGUUGGUUAGUUAAGGGUAAUAUGAUCACCCACCCGUAUGUGUUUGUCUUCAUUUGUGUGAUAGCCUCUCUUAGCUAGCUAAUUAAUUUUACUCUAAUCAAAUAUUAUUGUCAUACUCCUCCGUUUCGAAUUAAAUGCGACAAAAGAAUAUUUUACGUCUCACAAAUAAUAUCUUUUUGUUGCGUUUAAUUUGAAACCAAGGAAGUAGCUGAUUAGCUUUGAAAAAUCAAGGGGGGCUUACCUUACGGCUUAAGAAAAUCAUAUGUGAUAUGUUCACACUUUGCUUACGUUGCUUGGUACGUAUAUCUUAUGUUAUGAUGAUAUUGUUUAAUUA